AUGGAUGUGUUUGAAUUUGUGGACCCCUUAAGGAAAAGAAAAAUAAAUAACAACAUUUUGGAUUUUAACAAGUAUGUAUAUAAAGAUAAAAUGGAGGUGGGUGAAGAGGAGAUAGAACAUGACGAAGAAAAAACAAAAGAUGAUGAAAUAAUAAAUAUGAAGAAGAAAAAAAAGAAAAAAAAAAAGAAAAAGUUAAGACGUUUAUUAGAUACUUCUAGUAGUGAUGAUGAUAAGAAUGAAUAUGAAGAAAUAUCAUCUAAAAAAAUUAAAAUUAGAAAAUUAAAUUCUGAUAAUGAGGAUAAUAAAUUAAAAAAUAAUAAUAAUGAGAAAAAGAAGAAAGAAAAAGUGGAAGAAGAAAAACAAAGUAAUGAUAUAGAAAUUCUAGAUUCUUAUGAUGAUGAUGAUGAUGAAAAUCAAAAAGCAGAAUAUGAAUAUAAUUUAAAUACUUUAUAUCAAUGUUUGUAUAUAUCUAUACAAAUUAAAAAUAGAAUUAUUGAUCAUUUCACAUUAGAAAAUAAAGAUAAAAAAGAAGAAUUAAUAAAAGAAUUUGUUAAAGGUUCUUUUAGAGUUAGUAAUUUUCAAGCAAACUAUGAAGAUUUCGAAAAAUAUGUAGACACUUUUCAUAAACUAAAGUGUUAUCAAAAAUGUGGUGUAUUAUGGUUAUAUGUUUUAUAUAAACAAAAUAAAAAUGGUAUAUUAGCUGAUGAAAUGGGACUUGGGAAAACAGCACAGACAUGUGUUUUUCUAGACUAUAUGUAUAAAACAGGAACUAUUAAAAAUAAAACAAUUAUUGUUGCACCUACAAGUUUAUUAAAAAACUGGGAUAAUGAAAUUAAUAUGUGGUGUCCAUAUUUAAGAAAUCAUAAAAUUAUAUAUUAUGGUAGUCAGUCUGAAAGAAGAUAUUUAGCGUAUGACAUAUUUAGUAGCAAGGGGAACAAGAAUAAUAAAUACUUUGUGACUAUGAAUAAUGGUGAUGAAGAUGACGGUGUUAAUAAUAAUAAUAAUAAUAAUAAUAAUGAUGAUGAUGAUGGGCAUAAUAAUAUCCAUUUAAUCAUUACUAGCGUCAAUAUGCUCAUGGGAAAGAAUGACGUUUCAUACUUUCGACAAAUUAAAAAAUACGAUUAUCUCAUUUUUGAUGAAGCACAUUUUUUAAAAAAUAAAAACUCACUUAUAUAUAAAAAGUUACAAAAAAAAAUUGUCUUUAAUAAUAAAAUAUUAUUAACAGGUUCUCCCAUACAAAAUAAAACACAAGAAUUAACCAACUUACUUUUAUUUUUAAUGCCUCAUAUAUUUACGGAGACAAAUAUAAAUAAUGCAAUGCAAGCUUUUAUAGCCAUGUACGAAGAAGAGGUACAGGCAAGAAAUAAAAAAAAAAAAAUGGAUGAAGGGACGACACCAAAAUUGAAAACCUUCGUUGAGGAAAUUAUGAAAAAAAAUGAAACACAAAAUAAUAAUAAUAAUAAUAAUAAUAAUAAUAAUAAUAAUAGUAAUAGUAAUAAUAAUAGUAGUAGUAGUAGUAAUAAUAUUAUUGUGGAUAAAUGUUCAGAUGUGUGUCACAAAUUAACAGACGAUAAUAACAGUAUGAAUAAUAAUCGCAAUAUUUAUGAUAUAAAGUGUGACGAAGAAGUAAGGGAUGGUAAUAUAAAAGAUGGUAAUAUAAAAGAUGAUAAUGAAAAAGAUAAUAGUGUUAUUGUUUCGGAUACCAAUAAAAAUAUUAUUAAGAAUUAUUUAAUACAAACCAUUAGAGAUGAUUUAAAGCAACAUGUAGAAUUAAAAAAUAAAGAAAUUAUAUUAUUACAACUUAUAAUUGAACCAUAUAUAUUAAGAAGGUCAAAAAAACAUGUCUUUAUAGAUAUGCCCAAAAAACAUAGUCUUAUUAUUAAGUUACCAUUAAAUAAUACACAGCUGAAUUUAUAUAAAGAUGAAAUUUUUUCAAAAAUGCAGAAGACCUUUAAGCAUCUUGAAUUUCUAGAAACGCAUUCAAGCAAAAAGGAAUUACAAAAAAUAUAUUCCAUAUUAAAUAAAAAAGAAAUUAAAAAUGAGAAAAAUAAUACUAGGGUAGAAAAGAAGGAAAUCCAACAAAAUGAAGAUAAAGAAAAGUAUCAGAAUGGUCACUGUAAUAAUAAUACAAAUGAUAUGGAAUUUGCUGAUCAUAAUGUAGAUGGUGAUAAUAUAGGUGAUGAUGAUGAUGAUGAUGAUAGAGAAAUGGAUGAAGAAACUAUUAACAUUGAAAAGACAGAUGUAGAGAAUAAGAAUAGUAAUAUUGUUAUUCACAAAAGAGAUGAUGAUAGUAAUGAUAUGGAUGAAGAUAAUAUAAAGGAUGAUAAUAAUAGUAAUAGUCAUAAUAAUAACAAUAUGUGUGAGGACAGUACUAGUCCUAUUAAAGAUGUUACAGUUAAUAAAUCAAAAAAGAAUCUAGAAAAUAAUAAAAACAAUAAAGAGGUGAGAGGUAAAAUGAUUAACGCUUCAAUAUUUAUACUUAGAAGAAUAUGUAACCAUCCAUUAUUACAUAAAUAUUAUUAUACUGUUGAAGAUAUUAAAAAAAUCUCGAAAUAUUUUUAUUAUAAUACUGAUCAAUAUGUAGAUUUAGAUUUAAAAACUGUUGAAAAUGAAUUUAUGAAAAUAUCAGAUUUUGAUAUACAUUUAUCAAUCAAACAUUUAAUAUCUCAAGGUGAUAAUAAAUUAAAUAAAUAUUUAAUAACAAAAGAACAUAUUUUGAAUAGUAGUAAAAUUAAUCAUAUGUUAUCUCUUAUUAAAGAUAUAAGGAAGAAAAAAGAAAAGGUAUUAAUUUUUUCACAAUUUACUACUUUUCUUGAUAUUAUAGAGGAGGCCCUAUUAUAUGAAUUUAUAUAUGAUGAUAGUGAUUAUAUGGAUCAUAUACAAACUAUUAAAAGUUCACAAAGCAUAAAUAAAAAUGACACCAUCUGUAAGGAAGAAAAUAAUAUAAAUGUAAAUGUGCCUAUAAAAGGAGAACAAAAUUAUCAUGAUUUAUGUAAAGAAACAAAACGUCAUGAUGAUAACAAUAAUAAUAAUAAUAAUAAUAUUAAUGAUGGGGAUGAAAAUAAAUUUUGUUUUAAAGAAAAUAUAAGAAAACCCAAUGAUAUAUUUAAUGAAGAUAUGGAAAAUUCAGAAAGAACUAAAGAUACAAAUUGUGAAUAUAAUAAAAAGAAAAAAGAUCAAGAUGAUGAAGAAAUAUGUCUUACUUCAUCGACUCUUUCUACUUCAUCUGUCGGUACACAAAAUGACGCAGGUCAUCAAAUUUAUGUAAGAUUAGAUGGAUCAACAAACACUAUUGAAAGACAGAAAAUCAUAAAACGUUUUUCAAAAGAUGAAAAUAUAUUUGUUUUUCUUUUGUCAACAAAAGCGGGAGGAGUAGGUCUCAAUUUAAUAGCGGCAAAUCAUGUCAUAUUAAUGGACCAG